AUGCGCCCAGAUCUCGCGAAGAAGAAGCAACAGCAACAAGCCGCCAACUUCGCCGGCGCCGAUCCGAACGGUAUGGACCUAAACAACGCAGCGCGCAGGAAGUCCGCGAACGGCAAUAUCGACGGCUCCGACUCUCCAGUAUCCCGUACGGCUACGCCUUCCCUCUACAACCCAAGCCUGCCUGUCUUCGGGAAUAUGGACGACUCACAGCUGGGCUUCAACGUCGGCGGAGAAAACCGCUCCGCAUCCCCUCUGAACGGCGACCGCCAUCUCGACGUCCCGCAAACCCACGAACAGCUUAUUGCAGCCAACUCAGCUCUGAAAACCCGCGUCAGCGAACUCGAAUUGAUCAACGAGCUCUUCCGCGGAAGGCUCAGCCAGAUGGAGCAAGACGAGGCAAGCGCGAGGAGAGGGCAGGAGAUUAGCGGUAAGGCCGAGGCGCAGCUACGAUCGCAGUUGGAGGCCAGCAACAAGCAACUGGAAGACAGCCAUCGAAGGGAGAACAACCUCAAGAGACGUCUCGAUGAAAUGGAGCUUGAGCUUAAAGAGGCUAAGGAAGCUGCCGACUCGUCUUCCGAGUCUGGUCGAGCCGCCAAGAAGCUGCGCGUUGCCGAUAUGGUGGGCGACUCAGAAGUUUCUACCCCUCAGUCAACUACCGCGUAA